AUGCCAAGGAGAACAGGAAAUGCUGCUUCGACCAAAUCAGUUGAAUUGAUCAAACAAGACCAAUUGGAGUUUGAUGAUCCUGAUGAGGUAGAUGAAGAGGAAGAAGUUGAGUAUGAAGAAAUUGAGGAGGAGGUUGAGUAUGAAGAGGUAGAGGAUGAUGAUGAUAAUGAGGAGGAGGGGGAGGAGGAUGAGGAGGACGAGGAGGAGGAGGAGGAGGAUGAAGAAAUUGAAGGUGUGCGUGAAGUUGAUGCUAAUCAUGACAGUGAAAUGGUGGUUGAUGAUCCGAAGGAUGAGAAUGAAAAAGAGAAGCAUGCUGAGCUUCUUGCUCUUCCUCCUCAUGGAGCUGAAGUUUAUGUUGGGGGGCUCUCCUCUGAUGUAUCUUCUGAAGAUCUCAAACAACUGUUUGAAUCUGUUGGAGAAGUUGUGGAAGUGCGAAUGCGAGGAAAGGGGGAUAACAAGACGUAUGCUUUUAUUAAUUUCAGAACUAAAGAGAUGGCUUUAAUGGCCAUUCGAAAGUUGUGCAAUAAAGACCUAAAGGGAAAGAAGAUAAAAGUUUCAUCCUCUCAGGCUAAGAAUAGGCUAUUUAUUGGGAAUGUACCCCGUGAUUGGACACCUGAUGAUUUCAAAACCGCAGUGGAAGAAGUUGGUCCUGGAGUUUUACAAGUUGAUCUCAUGAAGGCACCAGGCUCAGGUCGCAAUAAGGGUUAUGGAUUUAUUGAAUACUACAACCAGGCAUGUGCAGAGUAUGCUAAGCAGAAGAUGUCUACCGCAGAAUUCAAACUAGAUACAAAUGCUCCUACUGUCAGCUGGGCAGAUCCUAAGAAUGCUAAUGAUGCUACAUCUACUGCACAGGUUAAAUCUCUAUAUGUCAAAAACCUCCCCAAGACUGUUACUCAAGAGCAGCUGAAAAAGCUGUUUGAGCAUAUUGGAGAAAUUACAAAAGUUGUUAUUCCUCCUGCAAAAUCUGGGCAUGAAAAUCGGUACGGUUUUGUUCAUUUUAAGGAACGGUCCAUGGCUAUGAAGGCUCUGAAGAACACUGAGAGAUAUGAACUUGAUGGUCAGCUGCUGGAUUGUUCACUUGCGAAACCUCCUGCUGACAAGAAGGAUGAUACUGUAUCAGCACCUACUGCAAAAGGAGGUCCAUUACUCCCAAGUUAUGCCCCACUUGGAUAUGGACUGGUGGGAGCUUAUAAUCCACUUGGAAAUGGACUGUCAGGUGCUUAUAAUCCCCUUGGAAAUGGACUAGCAGGUGCUUAUGGUGUGCUUUCUGCUCGUGCUGCACAGCCAAUGUUGUAUGCUCCAGGUGCUGCUCCAGGCUCAACAAUGAUCCCAAUGGUCCUACCAGACGGCCGUCUUGUAUAUGUACCACAGACUGCAGGGCGGCAGCCUGUGCAUGUGACUUCGCCUCUACCACAGCAGGGUGGUCGCCGAUUCGGCGGUAGUGGCAGUAGCAGCGGCGGCGGCGGAUCCAGCUCUGGCGGAAAGCGACAGAGGGGAGAGGACCGUGGUAGUAACAGCAACAACAGCCACAGGGGCCGGCACCGUCCGUAUUGA